AUGUUAAGUAUUAUAUUGUUAGCUGUGAUAGCUCUCUUGUAUACUGUAAUCUAUUGGAAGCAUUCUGUUGAAUAUGUGAAGAAGAAAUGGCGUUUUAUCAAACUGAUGAACGCUCUACCCGGGCCAAGUGCGAUGACGAUUUUAAAAGAGAUCAGCAAGCUCAGUCUUGACCCUGAAAGUGAAACGUGGUAUAAAUUUCGACGAAUCUUAACACCAGCAUUUCAUUUCAAUAUUCUCAAUAAAUAUAUUGAAGGAUUCAAUGAACAGUCUAAAAUUUUAACGGAAAAGUUAGAAAAGCACUGUGGUACUGGUGAAACAUUUGAUAUACUGCCAAUGCUUCGGCUGUUUGGUCUGGAUGUCAUUGCAGAGACCGCAAUGGGUGUUUCUUUAAACGCUCAGAGCGGUCAAAACGCUGAAUAUUCCAUAUCGCUGGCAAAACUAUUCAAUUUGAUGUGGGCCAAAACAUAUUAUCCAUGGUUCUGGUUCGCUGCAAUACGUUGGCUGUAUGGUUAUGAUCAAAAGGUCGAGAACGUCUGCAACGUGUGCAAGAGUAUUACUAUGAAGAUAUUCCAAAAGAAGAAGAAGGAAUGGGAGGCAUUCAAAAAUCAACCAUCAGCAGAAGAUGUGUCGGGAAGUGGCAAGAAACGGCUCCCAUUUCUCGAAUUGCUGUUCAGUGUACGUGACGAAUACAAUCUGAGUGAUGAGGACAUCAAGUGCCAGGUGGAUAUGUUCAUGUCUACCGGUUAG